UCCGAAGGCCGAGGGAGCGUUAGUUCUCUGGAAGGAGCCCGGGUGACUUUUUCUCCACCUUCCUCGCUUCCGGUUCCUCCUCUUUCUCUUACUCCUCCCCCUUCUCCACCCUCUAUCCACACAAUAGGAAAACUGAGGUGAUUUUAUUUAGGAGCUAGAAAUGGAGUCGAUAUACCUUCAGAGGUGCCUGGGGACAUGCCUAACUCAAGGCCUCGCAGAGGUGGCAAGAGUUCGCCCAUUGGAUCCAAUCGAAUAUUUGGCCUUGUGGAUUUAUAAGUACAAGGAAAAUGUGACCAUGGAGCAAUUGAGACAGAGAGAGAUGAUUGAGUUGGAGCAUGAGAGAGAAUUAGCGAUGAUGGAACAGGAAAUGCUGGAGCGACUUAAAGCAGAAGAACUCUUGUUUCAGCAGCAGCAGCUGGCAUUCCAACUGGAAUUGGAAAUGCAAGAAAAAGAGAAGCAGGAGACAGAAGAACUCCAGAGAACUCAACAAGAAUUAAAUAAGGACAUGAGCCUGGAGGGCAUAGCCAGGGGUGAGGAGUCCAUCCUGUCAGAGGAAUCAGUGGACUCAGGCAAAACGUUAGCUGAAAUCAGUGAUCGGUAUGGGGCACCUAACUUGAGCAGAGUGGAAGAGCUUGAUGAGCCAAUGUUAUCUGAUGUUGCAUUAAACAUUGAUCAAGAUUUGUAGGACCAACCAACUGCAAAGAAUUAUUUUCUACCUGUUUCAAACUUCAAAUCACAAGGGCCCUAAUAUGUAUUUUCUUCCUCCAAACUUGAACUCUACUCCCCCGGUUAACUUUAUAAAUGGGACUCAAGGGUAUCCUUAAAAUACAGUUUAGAUUUCUCAGUA